CAGCAGUCACAUGACAUUAAGAAGGUGGGGUCUGAAUAAUAAACAAAUUCUUCACAUUAAUGUACACUGGAUUGCUGAAAACCGAGCAACACACAAUUUGAACAAAAGGUAAUCUGUUCCCCGGCAUCAUGAGUCCAGGCCAGUGGGAUCUUCCUCCAGAGUUGUGCUGCAGGCCCAUGGCUUUUGUGGCCCUCACAGGACUGGACGUGGUGUAUAAUGCCAUCCACAGAGCCAUAUGGGAUGCCUUCUGUGUCAACCGUCGAGCAGACAGGGUUCCCAUUUCUUUUAAAGUCCUACCAGGAGACCACGAAUAUCCGAAGUGUAGAACCAAGAGAACAUCUUAUGAGUGGUACAUGCCUAAAGGCAUUCUGAAAACGGGCUGGAUGAACAAACAUCUGAACCUGGUGCCGGCAUUGGUCGUACUCUUCUAUGAGCUGGACUGGGAUGAUCCACAGUGGAAGGAAAAGCAAUCGGAAUGUGCCACCAAAGUGGAAAUUGUCAGGACAAGUUUACAAGGAAGAAACACAAAGGUUGCUGUUGUUUUAAUUCAAAAGAAGACUCCUCUGCCUCCAGGUGAAGAUCUGGUGGCAUCUGAGAGGGCUUCUUCUCUGUGUGGCGCCUGUGAUCUUUCCGGGAAAUCCCUGUUUGUCCUGCCCCAUACGGAUCAUCUGGUGGGAUACAUCAUCAGACUGGAGAAUGCUUUCUAUGAACAUGCGCAGACCUACUAUUAUAAUGAGAUCAGAAGAGUGAAAUCUCACAAGGAGUUCCUCAACAAAACUACACACCAGUUGCUGUUUGUCAGGCACCAGUUUAAGAUGGGUUUCUUCAGUGAACUAAAGCAAGAUACCCAAAAUGCCCUCAGAUAUUACAGGACUGCAUAUAGUCUUGUCCAUGAACUUAGAGCUCAUGAAACAAACAUGCUUGAGAUCAAAACCAUGGCUGGAUUCAUCAACUACAAGAUCUGCAGGCUGUGCUUUCAGCACAACACCCCACUGGACGCAAUCGCUCAGUUUCGCAAACACAUCGACCUGUGCAAGAAGAAGAUCGGUAGCGCUGAGCUUGCAUUCGAACACACCGCCUGGAUGUCCAAACAGUUCCAGUCAUUUGGUGACCUGUUUGAUGAGGCUAUUAAACUGGGCCUUACAGCCAUCCAGACCCAGAACCCAGGGUUUUACUACCAACAGGCUGCUUACUAUGCACAGGAACGCAAACAGCAAGCAGCGCAGCUCUGUAGUCACGAGACAGGUAUGGGCAACCCUGCACCCGACCCACAGGAGACGCCCACUGGAGCUUUGGACUUUUAUGGACAAAGAGCCUGGAGACAAGGACAUCAAAGCAUUGAUCCACCCGACACCGAGAAGGAGAAACAAGGCAUCCUCGCUCUUCAAGUCAAAGAGAGAGAUGUUCUCCAUUCGGAGCUGAUCAUCGCCCUCCUGAGUAACGCCGUCGCUCAGUUUAAGAAGUACAAGUGUCCCAGAAUGAAGAGCCAUCUUAUGGUUCAGAUGGGAGAAGAGUAUUAUCAUGCAAAAGACUACACCAAAGCAUUAAAAUUGUUGGAUUAUGUGAUGUGUGAUUACCGCACAGAGCGCUGGUGGUCUCUGCUCACCUCUAUCCUGUCUACAGCGCUGAAGUGUUCAUACCUCAUGGGUCAAGUUAAAGACUACAUCACCUACUCUAUGGAGCUGGUGGGCAGAGCCUCUGUACUCCCUGAAGAGCAGAAGUCUAGGAUUGAGAAGAAUCUAAUUAAAGUGCUUAUGAAUGAAGUUCCAGAGCCUGAACCAGACUGUGAUCCGGUCUCAGUGAAGGCCGCCCAGUCUCUGUGGAGUGACCGCAUCUCUCUGGCUGGCAAUAAUGAAUUGACUAUUGAGGUCCAGGACUACGUGCCCUUUGUUCAGUGCAAAGCCAAGUUCCUGUCACCUAGUUUCCAUAUAGAUGAGCCUGUUCAGCUGCAAGUCUAUGUGAGGGCCGACUGUCCACAUCCUGUGCGUUUCUCAAAGCUCUGUGUCAGCCUUAGCAACCAGGAGUAUAAUCAGUACUGUUUGCUAGAGGAUGCCUCGAAAGGAAAAGAUAUUCUCGAAUCUUCGCCCCAGGAGAACAUGUGUCUCGUUCCUGGCAAAACCCGAAAGUACUGCUUCAAAUUUGUAGCCAAAACGGAAGAUGUUGGAAAGAAGAUAGAGAUUACAUCUGUGGGACUCAUGUUAGGCAGAGAGACGGGCCGUUAUGUGUAUCUGAACUGGCGUGGCGGCUGGGGGGAUGCGGCCUCCUCUCAUGAUGCUUUGCAAGCGUCCCGCUCCUUUAAGAAGAGGACACACCUCCCAGAGCAGCAGGUGGACUGUGACACAGUGUCCAUACAGUCCAGCACUAUGAUCAUCUCCAGAGUGCCCAGGAUCUCAGUACAGCUGACCCACGAGCCUCCAGCAUUAACCAAUGAGAUGUACUACAUGACCGUCACCAUCCAAUCAGAGGAAGACACUGUCGCCAAAGACAUAAAGCUCACUGCUGGCCUUAAACCCGGUCAGGAUGCUAAUCUCACACAGACGACCCAGAUCACACAAAACGGCUCAGAGGUUUGUGAUGAUUCUCACCCUGCCCUGCUUCCAGACAUUCCCAUCGGAGACCUGCAGCCCGGCCAGAAGAUCGUGAAGCCGCUCUAUAUCCGCUGUGUGAGUACUGGAUCCAGAAUAUUCCUGUUUCACGUCGCUUAUUCUGUGAGCGCUACGGUGGAAGGCAAGGACAUCACCUGCAAGUGUCACAAAGAUGAAACUGUUAGCGUCGAAACGGUUGUUCCCUUUGAUGUGGCUAUGAAGUUUGUGUCCAGUAAGUUCGAGCAUUUGGAGCGUGUGUAUGUGGACGUUCCUUUCCUGCUAAUGAUGGACAUUUUGAGCGCCUCUCCGUGGCCGAUCGAGCUUGUAAACAGUGACGUGCAGCUGGUGUCCAGUAUGACUGCCAUCGAUCAGCCACAGAGUCAAGUAGAAGGAGUGACGCUACAGACUGGCGAGUGUGCCAGCGAAUGUUUCCUGCUCAAAUGUCCUCCGGUUCAAAACGGCACCAACACCGUGGCUUCAGGACAGUACAUAAUUUCCUGGAAGAGGAAGUCAGCACUUGCUGAGACAUCAGUGGUAAGAACAAUCAUCAUCCUCCCACAUGUGAUGGUGGAGAACAUCCCACUGUAUGUGCACGCAGAGGUGCCAUCGUUCGGUCGUGUGCGUGAAUCUUUACCAGUAAGGUACCAUCUGGAGAACCGGACCGGGUUGGUUCAGGAUGUGGAGAUAAGUGUGGAGCCCAGCGAUGCAUUCAUGUUCAGUGGACUCAAACAGGUGCGCAUGAGGAUAUUACCAGGGGCCGAGCAGGAGAUGUUGUAUAAUUUUUAUCCUCUGAUGGCCGGUUAUCAGCUCCUCCCACAGCUGAACAUCAGCCUGCUACGCUUCCCAGACAUCUCCAGUCAACUGCUGCGACGCUUCCUGCCCUCGCGCAUAUUUGUUAAGCCUCAGGGCCGAAAUGGAGAUACUUCAAUAGAAGCCGCAUGAAGACGACGCAAAUCUCUUGAUGCUGAUGCGUUACCAUGGUAACUGUUAGCGAUGAAGGCUGACCAUUCCUUGGAGAACACGUGUUCACACCUUAGUAAUAUGAAAUUAGAAAUGAAAUAUAAUGAAUUUUAGUUGCGUGAUUGUUUGCAGGUUUGUUGCACAACGCUUAAACGAUUCCCUGCCUAAGAAUUUUUUUCUAAUUAAACGUCUGGUUUCACCACUGUUUUACUGUCUAACCUGUAAGCUGUUCAUGAUAACAACCUUAUAACUAAAACACACUUAAUAUUAAAAGAAGUGCGACAAACAUAA